AUGCUACUGGAAGCGGGCCACGGCAACAAUCACAACCCGUCGUUGCAGCCGCACCACCCGCAGCAGCAUCACCUCCACCAGUACCCGCACCAGUACCCGCACCAGGCCGCGAUGGUGGCCGCGGUGCAGGCGGCGGCCGCCCUGACGGCGGUCAAGAACGCCACCAACUUCUCGAUCGCGGCCAUCAUGGCGCAGGGCAACAACAAUAACAACAACGCGAACGGGCCCACCAACAACAACGCCGGCAGCACCGACCCGUCGGCGACGGCAGCAACGGCGGCGGCGGCGGCAGCGGCAGCAGCGGCAGCGGCGGCCGCGGCAGUGGUCAACGCCACCCGCAUCGAAGAUGCCACCAGCUACCGGCCCCGUUCGCGCACCCCGGAACGCUCGUCGGAGGUGGCCGAGGAGGAGAUCAAUGUGAACGUCGAGGAUUGCAGCGAUUCCGAGGAGAGCACGGAGCAGGCCCGCGAAACCCACUCGCGCACCGCCUCGACGCCGGCCAGCGUGUCAGACGAGGAUCGUCUAUCGCCAGAAAUCGCCCAGAAAGCGCCCAAAAUCGUCGGUUCGUGCAACUCGGACGACCUGCGGCCGGUCCAGUGUCACCUGGAGACGAAGGAACUGUGGGAUAAGUUCAACGAGCUCGGCACCGAGAUGAUCAUCACCAAGACGGGACGUCGCAUGUUUCCGACGGUUCGAGUGUCCUUUUCCGGUCCGAUGCGCCACCAAACGGCGGCCGAUCGGUAUGCCGUGCUGCUGGACAUCAUUCCGCUGGAUAACCGGCGGUAUCGGUAUGCCUACCAUCGCUCUGCUUGGCUUGUGGCCGGCAAAGCGGAUCCACCGCCACCAGCUCGGCUCUACUCGCACCCGGACACUCCGCUCGGUCCGGACGCGCUCCGCCGGCAGGUGAUCUCGUUCGAGAAGAUCAAGCUCACCAACAACGAGAUGGACAAGACGGGCCAGAUCGUCCUGAACUCGAUGCACCGCUACCAGCCCCGCAUCCACCUGGUGCGCAUCGGUCCCAACCAGAGCAUACCGACCAGUCCGGCCGAGCUGCAGGAGCUGGACCACAAGACGUUCGUGUUCCCGGAGACGAUCUUCACGGCCGUCACCGCGUACCAGAACCAGCUGAUCACGAAGCUCAAGAUCGACUCGAAUCCCUUCGCCAAGGGAUUCCGCGAUUCGUCGCGACUCAACGACUUCGACCGUGACCCGAUGGAAUCGUUCCUGCUGGAGCAACACCUCCGGUCCCCGCUCCGUCUCUUUCCGGACCAGGUGAUGGCGCAGCUGGGCGCUGGUGGUCCCCCCGGGAUGCCUCCCGGGAUGCAGUCCAACGAUCCGUCGGUGCUGCUGGAGAAAGCCCGUCAACAGUUGCACCUGUGGGGCAACCCGUCGGCCGCCUACAGCGAGUUGAUGUUGCAGCAGCUCUACCAGCGGCCCAACUUUGGGCUUAACUUCGGCCCGCUCUGGCAGAGCCAGUGGCCACCGACCCAGCUUCCGCCGGGAUUCCUGCCGAACGUCGUGGGUCCACCGCCGGCCCACAAUCCCACCACCAUGCAGGGGGUGGCCGCGGCGCUGGCCGCCGCUUCCGCUUCCGGCUCGAACUCGGCCCCGUCACCGACGGCCACCAGCGGCUCGUCCUCGGCCGGCGGCGGCGGCUCGUCACAGCAGCCGGGGCCGGUCUCGCCCGAGGUGCGACCCAAAUCGUUCGCUCGCUUCACCCCCUACCAGAUCCCCCAGCAUCACCCGCCAACCUCCAGCCCGGAAACCCUGUUCGGAUGCCGGCGGAAGAAGUUGGGUUUGCGCCGCCGGGUGCCGGAGCCUUCGCCACUGCCGAAGUAG